UUUGAAAAUUUUCAAACCAGUUCGGAUGCCCACGGGUCCCAGCCACAGACCACGAGAGGCCCAAGUCUCAAAGAGUCUACCGUUGGUCUCACAAAGUGAUUACCACCGGCUCUACGCAACAUCGCCGUUUGGAAAGCUGUCAACUAUAAAACCUCUCCCCCAACUUCCAAGCUCACUUCUUCCCCUCCAAGAACCUUUCCACAACGGUCGAAACCCCACAAAACCCCUUUUUGUAAAUCAUAAAACCCUUGGAUUCUGUUGUCUUUCUUUUGGCUUUAAGACCAAUGGGUGAAGAAGCGAGAACAGCGGAUGACUUUCUUGGUGCCAAUCCAAGAACUCCGGCGCCGCCGCCGACGAUCGGGUCGUCGGUGAUCCCUAUCGUCAACAAGCUCCAAGACAUUCUGACGCCGGUGCGGGGCCAGCUGGCCCAGAUUUCGCUGCCGCAGGUGGCCGUGGUGGGCAGCCAGAGCAGCGGUAAGUCUAGCGUGCUCGAGGCGCUGGUGGGACGCGACUUCCUCCCCCGCGGCUGCGACAUCUGCACCCGCCGACCGCUCGUCUUGAUGCUCGAGAACCUCCCUCGCAGGCCCGACGAAGAUGGAGUAGCGGAGUGGGGUGAGUUCCGACACUUGCCCGGCAAACGCUUCUACGAUUUCUCCAAGAUUCGCCAAGAAAUCCAGGCGGAGACCGACAGGGAAGUUGGGUAUAACAAAGGGGUUUCAGAUAAAGAAAUUCGCUUAAAGAUUUCCUCUCCAAAUGUCCUUAAUAUGGUCCUUGUUGAUCUACCUGGUAUUACCAAGGUUCCUGUGGGUGAUCAACCCAGUGACAUUGAAGCCAGGAUUAGGAAGAUGAUAAUGGCACAUAUCAGGCAAGAAAACUGUAUUAUUUUGGCAGUUAGUCCUGCAAAUUCUGAUUUGGCAACUUCUGAUGCGCUUCAGAUGGCUAGAGAAGCUGAUCCAACUGGUUCUAGGACAAUUGGUGUAAUCACCAAGCUUGAUAUAAUGGACAGGGGUACUGAUGCCCGUAAAUUUCUGCUUGGAAAUGUUAUUCCACUUCGCCUCGGCUAUGUUGGUGUUGUCAAUCGCAGCCAGGAGGACAUCAAUAAAAACCGGAGCAUUGCAAACGCUCUUACUUACGAGGAGCGAUUCUUUCGUGAUCAUCCUGUAUAUCGUGGUCUAUUGGAUCAUUGCGGCAUUCCCCAGUUAGCAAGGAAGCUGAAUCAGAUUCUGGAGCACCAUAUCAGAACGGUUCUCCCAGAUUUGAAGGCUGAGCUCAAUUCUUUUAUGGUUGGUGUCAUCAAAGAUCUGAGAACAUUUGGAGAAGCUAUGGAAUCUAGAGGGGAGCAAGGAGUGAUUCUGUUGAACAUUUUGACAAGAUAUUGUGAAGCCUUUUCUGCCAUGGUGGAUGGGAAAAGUCAGGAGCUGUCAACUAAAGAAUUGUCAGGCGGAGCCAGGAUUCAAUAUAUUUUUCAGUCAAUUUUUGUAAAGAGCUUGGAGGAAGUGGACCCUUGUGACGAUCUGAAUGAUGAUGACAUCCGAACGGCUAUUCAAAAUGCGACUGGUCUGAGAAAUUCUUUGUUUGUGCCAGAAGUUCCAUUUGAAGCUUUGGUCAGAAGACAAAUCGCACGGCUGUUAGACCCUGGCCAUCAGUGUGUUCAAUUUGUUUAUGAUGAACUGAUGAAGAUGAGCCGUGCUUGUGAGACAACUGAAUUGCAAAGGUUUCCACUCUUGAGAAGGCGUAUGGAUGAAGUCAUGGGGAAGUUUUUGCGUGAUGGUGUAAUACCUGCUGAGAGAAUGAUAGAGAAUCUUAUUGAGAUGGAGAUGGAUUAUAUAAAUUCUGCAAAUCCAAAUUUCUUAGGCGGGACCAAAGCUGUUGAGCUUGCUAAGCAAGAGUUUAAAUCAUCACAGUUUGUUUAUAUUAUUCAGGGCGAUAUUGAUGGUGAAAGGGUACCCACGUCAGGGAGGGGCCAGAAAUUACGAGCUGCUCUCCCUAAGUUGGUUGUGAAUGGCAUUUUGCCUAACCAGCAGGGAAGUCACCCUCCUUCAAAUAACGAGAGACCUGUACCAUCUGGAGGUUACAAUGCCACGAAGAAUUGGGGAAUCAAAUCAAUAUUUGGCAGCAGGGUAUCAUCUGGAGAGAGUCAAGCUAGCAGAUCUCUUAGUGAAACUGUUUCAUUCAUGGAGCAGAAACCCUCUACAAUCCAGUUGAGUGAGCCCCCAUCCACCUUAAGACCACUUGAAGUGACUGAGCAUGAUGAAGUUAUAAUAAUUGCAACGAAAUUACUCUUGCGGUCUUACUAUGACAUUGUCAGAAAGAACAUUCAAGACUUAGUUCCAAAAGCUAUAAUGCACUUUCUGGUGAAUCAUACAAAAAGGAACCUUCAUAGCGCCUUUAUAAAAAAACUGUACAGAGAGAACCUCUUUGAAGAGCUAUUUCAGGAGCCUGACGAGGUUGUUGUAAAAAGAAAACAGACCCAUCAACUAUACGAUGUUCUGCAAAAUGCUAUUCAGAUACUCGAGGAGGUUGAAUCCGAUGUUUUGCCCCAAAGUUCAAACUUAAGAUUGGGUGCUGAUACUACAAAUGGAUUGCCAAAAACCCCCGAAUUCUCUUCAUCCUCUCUACGCUUGACAAAUUAUAGUGCUAGCAGGUCAUCCUACUUACCAUCAUUUACUGGUUCUAGUUCUCGUAGGUUGUUUCAUUCAGAAGAGCACUCAAAUGGACUGUAACUAUCGGAUGGUAGUGCUGGAUCCUUAAUACUACACGAAUUACUAUCCUUAAUACUACACGAUACAAACACACCUAUGUCAGCUUGUAUAGUGCUUUGAUUUCUUGUAUUGAAAUUCAGCUAGUGCCCCGAGUUUACUGCUUCAAUAUUCUUUUGGUUAUAUUCGAAAUUUCUUUGGGGCCAAUUACAUAAUAAAAAAAAUAUAUUCUUUGGUUGUAUGAAUGAAGGAGUUAAUUGUUUGAUGAGCAAAUGAUGUAAAUCUCUUAUCAUUACUUUUGUUUUA